AUGCCCUCUGUCGCGCCCCUCGACGCCUCAAAGCUCACGGUCGAGCUCACCAAGCAGCCCAAGGAGCUGCCGCCCACCUCGUCGCUCGUCUUCGGCCAGACGUUCACCGACCACAUGCUCACCGUCAAGUGGUCGCUCGAGAAGGGCUGGCAAGCUCCCGAGAUCAAGCCGUACGGCCCGCUCCAGCUCGACCCGUCGUCGACCGUGCUGCACUACGCGGCCGAGCUGUUCGAAGGCAUGAAGGCGUACCGCGACAAGCAGGGCCGGUGCCGCCUGUUCCGCCCCGACCUCAACAUGCGCCGCAUGAACAGCAGCGCAAAGCGCCUCGCGUUCCCGACGUUCGACGGCGAGGUCCUCACCGAACUGAUCAAGGAGCUCGUGCGCGUCGACGAGCGGUUCGUGCCCGACGAGGAGGGCUGCUCCCUCUACAUCCGUCCUACUAUGAUCGGCACCCGGGCGAGCCUCGGCGUCGGUCCCUCGACCGAGGUCCUCCUUUUCGUAAUCAUGUCGCCCGUCGCCAAGUACUACGCCUCGGGCGCCAAGCCGGUCAGCCUCCUCGCGAGCACCAAGGACGUGCGCGCUUGGCCGGGCGGCAGCGGCGCGUACAAGCUCGGGGCGAACUACGGGCCUUGCGUUGCGCCGCAGCUCGAGGCAGCGCAGCAGGGCUACCAGCAGGUUCUCUGGGUUCUCGGCGAGGACGACGAGGUGACCGAGGUGGGCAUGAUGAACUUCUUUGGGGCAAAGGACUUGGGCAACGGCGCCGUCGAGCUCUUCACCCCUCCUCUCGGCGACAUCAUCCUGCCCGGCGUCACGCGCGACUCGGUGCUCGCCCUCGCACGAGCGCACGCCGACCCGAGCAACCCGUUCCGCCUCGAGGGCGUUCCGGACAAGCUCGUCGUCUCGGAGCGACGGGUGUGCAUGCCCGAGCUGCGCGACGCCGCUCGGGACGGCACGCUGCGCGAGGUGUACGGCACGGGCACGGCGGCCAUCGUCACGUCGGUCGAGCGCAUCGGGUACGAGGGCGCGGACGUCCAGGUGCCGGUCGAGGGCGACGGCGGGUUCGGGCCGGUCGCAGGCGCGUUCUACGACGUUCUGCAAGAGAUCCAGUACGGCUCGCGCGAGUUUGCCGACUGGUCGGUGCUCGUCUAG